CUCGAUUAUCAAACCCAAUAGCGCCACAUUUUAUUUACCCUUAAAGGAGAACAAUUUAUCGAUACUUGUAUAUCUUGUACACAUGUGUUUCGAAGAAUUUGUUUUUAAGCAAACAGGAAAUGCUAUUGUGUUGCAAUUAAACAUGAAGCCCUUACUACAUGUGCCUGCAAGAGACUGACAUAGCUAUCAUUAUCAUCUGAUUAUACUUGUUUUAGGCCUGCGUACCGGUAUAACAUUUGAUACAUUAAUAAUAAAAAGUUAAUUGUUCAACUUGCUAAUUUUGGUCCACUUAUUGAUUUAAUAGUGUUGAUUCAGCAGUAGUUUGAUUUCACUGAAACAUUUAACAGUCAAAAGCAAACUGUGGUCACAACAUGCCAGCCCUUGUUACAAACGUUGAUGAUAUUGAGGACAUUGUGAGAGUUGACGACGUCACAGUUCAAGAUCGAGUGGAAGCUAAGAAGUAUGUUCUGCCUCGAGCAAGGAAGACCAGAACACCGAACAGUAAAGUAGAAAAUGGUGGAACGGAAGAGAAAGUGCAAGCAGAGAGCUACAUACCAGGGACGCAGUCCGUAUUUGUGAAGACAUGGGGCUGUUCCCAUAACAACUCAGACAGUGAAUACAUGGCGGGCCAGCUUGCAUCGUAUGGAUAUAAAAUAACAGAGAACAAAGACGAGGCUGACCUGUGGCUGCUGAACAGCUGUACUGUAAAGAAUCCUGCAGAGGAUCACUUCCGCAAUGAGAUAAACUCUGCUAACAAACUGAACAAGCAUGUCGUUCUGGCUGGAUGUGUGCCACAGGGACAACCGAAAUCCGAAUAUACAAAGGGCCUUAGUAUUAUUGGUGUGCAGCAAAUUGACCGGGUUGUUGAGGUCGUGGAAGAGACCUUGAAAGGUCACACAGUGAGAUUGUUUGGGCAGAAGAAACAGAAAGGGAAGAAAACUGGAGGCGCCGCAUUGAAUCUUCCAAAGAUCCGCAAAAAUCCCCUCAUUGAGAUAAUUGCUAUCAAUACAGGGUGUCUCAAUCAGUGUACUUACUGUAAAACAAAGCAUGCGAGAGGAGAACUCGGUAGCUACCAUCCCGAUGAAAUAGUAGCUCGAGCCAAGCAAUCCUUUGAAGAAGGUGUAGUUGAGAUAUGGUUAACGUCUGAGGACCUUGGAGCAUAUGGCCAUGAUAUUGGAGUGACACUACCCGAGUUGCUAUGGAAACUAGUAGAAGUAAUUCCUGAAGGAGCUCGAAUGAGACUCGGGAUGACCAAUCCACCAUAUAUCCUGGAACAUCUUGAGGAAAUGUCAAAGAUCCUGAAUCACCCGCGCGUCUACUCGUUCCUGCAUGUUCCUGUACAGUCGGCGUCAGACAGCGUCCUCAUGGAUAUGAAGCGCGAGUACUGUGUGGCAGACUUCAAACACGUUGUCGACUUCCUUAGAGACAGAGUUCCUGGUGUCAAUGUGGCAACUGAUCUCAUCUGUGGUUUCCCAACAGAGACUGAGGAGGACUUUCAGGAGACGAUGGACCUUGUGAAAGAGUAUAAAUUUGCCAGCUUGUUCAUCAACCAGUUCUUUCCUCGACCCGGCACACCGGCAGCCAAAAUGCCUCGUGUGCACCCACAGGAGGUCAAGAAAAGAACAAAGAGGGUGUCCGAGUUGUUUCAGUCUUACUAUCCAUAUGGACACCAGCUUGGUGAGGUUCAGCAAGUGCUUGUAACAGAAGUCUCUCACGAUGGGCUGUUCUAUGUGGCUCAUAACCAGAGCUAUGACCAGGUUUUGGUACCAAAAGAUGAUAAUUUGAUGGGAAAAAUGUUUGAAGUGGAGAUCAUGGAAACAGGAAAACACUUCCUCAAGGGGAGACAACUCUCAAAGAGUUCUGCGGUCCGGCCUGAUGUGCCACCUCCACUGAAGAAGGGAGAAGUGUCGGGAGUGUUUGAAAGAAUUCAUUACACUUCGUCACCAUGGCAGUCACUGUUUUUAGUGCUAUCGUUCGGGGUUAUUUGUGUGGCUGUGAUCUGGAGACUUCACUCAAUAUACAUGUCUUUUAGAUAACGAGCAGCGUUGAAACAUAUUUAUUAUAAAAUUAACACCAA